UACAAAUUUUUUUAUUGCACAUACAUAACCUUAGGAAAAGAGGGGAGCGCUGUAGAGAAGGAAAAAAAAAAAAAAUAAAGUGAGAGAAUAAUAACUCGUGAAAAAAAAUAUAUCGACAGUGGUACGCAUCAGAGGUGACCGCCGUUGACGGUGGCCAAAAAUCUAUAACAAGAGAAAUGGCGAGCUAUGUAUGGAGAAAAUAUGCAGAUUAUUUGUACACAAAGUGGGAGAAAACAUUUCUCUGGGACAUGGUCGAACCUUACAGAAGACCUAAAUCCUUCACUCCUGUUGUUGUUACUUAUGUCGCUGCUUUCUACACCGGAGUCGUUGGUGCUGCCAUCACUGAACAACUCUACAAGGAAAAAUACUGGGAAGAGCAUCCUGGGAAAGCUGUUCCUCUCAUGAAACCAAUGUUUUAUGGGGGUCCGUGGAGGGUAAUGGGGGGUCAGGUUCCCAAAUAUGAGUGAAAAGCUCUUGUGGCAGGUUUCAUGCUUAGUUCCAAAUCACCACAUUUUAUUUCUGUUUAUAGUAAAAGAAUGUUUGGUGUCAACGAAAAUGCACUAUUAUUGCAUAUGUAAUUUUAAGGCAAAAAAAAAAAAUAUCAGUGUGUUUUCUUUUCUCUUGGCUGAUAACAUUGCUGAAAAAUAAGAUAGUUUGAUUCCAAUGAAAAUGAACUUGUUUUGACACUAAGGUGUGGAUUUAUGGGAUCACUGUUUGUAUCAUCUGCAUUCAUACAAUAGUGGACAGAGCGAGACUUCACUCAAUGCAAAUAGGUCCAAAGAGACCACAAUUCUUUAGCCCACAGAAGUUAGGCCACAUCACAAGAGAACCUUCCUAACUAGAUGACAUCAUUUUGCUUCAGGUCUCUUUGUCAUGUUUUCUUCUCAAGUGUACGAAUUUCCAUUUUAGUUAUAAGCUUUUUUAUUUUCUGUUAGCUGAAUGAAAAGGACCACUGUAGAUGUGAUACAAAAUUUGCUUGGCUACAAAUUGAAUUCCAGCUAAAAACAUGUUGUUUGUAAUGACACGUGAUAACAUAAACCCCAUUGUUCUGCCUAUUGCUGAUUCAAUACCUGUGCUGCAGAAUACAAUAUUUGAAAUAUUAUCUGUUA